CCCCCCUUAUCUCUCUCUCCCCUGGCCUUUCUCUUCGGUGGGAAGCGGCCGCAGCAGCGUGCGGCGGUGGCGGUAGGGAGCGGCAGCGGCGGCAGCGGCAGUACAUGGGUGAGCUGAAGCGCGCCCUCGACGCGCGCUGCCACGUGUUGCUCGAGAUGCCGACGGGCACCGGCAAGACGGCGGCGAGCUCUUCCCCAUGUGCGCGGACGGCCGGGAGCUCCUCACUCAAGCGCGGACGCCGGCGAGCUCCUCUCCCAUCGCGCGGACGGCCGGGAGCUCCUCCCCGCGCGCGGACGCCGGCGAGCUCCUCCCCCGUCGCGCGGACGCCGACGAGCUCCUCCCCCGGUGUGCGGAAGGCCUGGAGCUCUUCCCCCGCGCGUGGACGGCCGGGAGCUCCUCCCCCAGCACGCUCCUUCCCCGGCGAGCUCCUCCCCCGGUGCACGGAAGGCCGGAAGCUCCUCCCCCGCGCGCGGACGCCGGCGAGCUCCUCCCCCGUCGCGCGGACGCCGGCGAGCUCCUCCCCCGUCGCGCGGGCGCCGGCUCCUCCCGCGGCGCGCGGACGGCCGGGAGCUCCUACCCCACGCACGGACGCCGGCGAGCUCCUCCCCCGUCGCACGGACAGCAAGCUCUUCCCCCAGCAUGCGGACGGCCGGGAGCUCACAUGUGGAAAAGAUGACAUGUGGAGCCAACUAAUUUUUGUUUUGUGAAUGACAUGUCGGUCCCACAAUUUUUUGUUUUUUGUUUUUACUCUUGUGCCAGAUAAGCGACACGUCGACGACACGCUGGACGAAAACCGGGUCAACACUGCCACGUGGUCGCCACGUCAGCCAAAACCGCCUCCAAAACCACCCAGGGGCAUAGUUUGCACCGGUUUUGAUAGUUGGAGUCGAUAUGCCCGGUUUUGUUGUUGGAGGUUAUGAAUCAUACUCGGGUCAUAGUUGAGGGAGUCAAAGUAUACUUUUUCCGCGAUCAAACUCCACUAUAGUUGAGGGAGGUAAAAUGGACUUUUUUUCGUUCA